GUAUCAUUAAACGUUGCAACUCUGUUAAUCACCCAUUUUAAAGAGGUUGUUGCAGUAAAUAACGCAUUUAAAGGCUCAAUCACAUCAUUGUCAGUCAGGCAACAUCUACGGUAGUCUAUCGUCAAGGCGCCAGACUCAAACGGUAUCGGGACCGAAUUUCUGAAGAAGAUCUGUUCUUCGCACUCGGCUAUGAAGACCUCUAAACCGUCACUGCAGACCUCUGCUCAAGAGGAAUGUGGUGUUUGGCUGGAUACUGUGCAACUGAAAGGAAGAGCUAAACAGAAACGACUUGCCCGUCCCAUCUCUAAACAGCUGAAUCCCUUUGCUGGAGGCGGAGGAUACAGUUUGGCUGUGGCACUCAAUUUCACCCAGACCAAAAUGGAGAUGCCAAAGACCAAACAGAGCUCUAUAUCAACUUUUUUUGCACCUCGGGACAGAGUUCUCAAACAGAUGUCUAAUUCCAAAGUGCCAAACAUGGAUCCAGUGCAGCAUUCUCCAUCAUCUACCUCGGCCACAGAUGUCGUAACCUCACCCACACCUGCAGCACUCGGGACAAAGCGAAGACUUGAAAUGUCUGAGUUUUACAACUCUGUGCCUGGAGUGAAUCAUGAGGCGAAAAUGGAAAAUCUGCCUGAGAGUGAAGCAGCACUGUGGCAGGCAGCCGAAGAGCAAAUAGAGGAUAUAAAUCCACCACAGAGUAAGAGGAGGUUAAUUGCAGCCUUCUCAUUGCCAUGUGAUAGUCAACCCCCACAGGCAUGGAGUCAGGACCCAUUGCUCACCUGUAGCCAAUAUUCUGAAGGUGAAUUCUACCUGCCUGUAAAAAGGCAAAAAAACAUGUUGGCGGAGAAUGUUUGUGACUCUGAACCAGCUUUCCUUAAGAGUCUACAAAGUGACGACACUUUUGGUAUUGAGAUUAAUGUGGAAGCUAGGACCUCGACUCAAGAAUCCUUUGAACAGUUUCAUUCUUCUCAAACGGAUCAAGAGAAAGAAAACAAAAGGUUUUCGUCCUUUAAGUCCCCAAGAAAGCACUCAACUCUCUUUCAUAUCGAACCACUUUCAGACCAUAUAUGUACAGACCCCAAAAAUGCAUCGCCUCAAAAAUAUGUUCCGUUGUGCAUGCGUAAAGGCGCUGAUAAAGAUGAGAGCCUUGAGUCACAUUUCAAUUGGACAAAGCCGAGCAGCUCUCCUGUAAAGAAAACGGCACCGAGGGGAUCCGGCAGAGCGGCCGAUGAGGACAGUCUGGCCAUGUUGUUCACACAGGACUCUGAAGGCUUCAGGGUGAUUGCACACAGAGAGCUGCAAGCUCGGAGUCCACUCAAAAAUAAGAGUAACAUGAGCUCUGUGAUGGUUAGAACGAGCGCUUACAAAUCUCUUGUUGAGGACGAUGAAGAAGACGAGAUGCUCUUUACUCAAGACUCUCAGGGAAAUACUGUAAUCAAACACUAAAAGGAGACGUUGAAACCUUCAUGCUUUCAUAGUGUGGGUGUGAUAAUGAAUAUCUCAUCCAUGCAACCAGAGUUUGAAAUCACUUAUUAACGGAAAUGUCUUCUUUCUCUCAAUGACUUGAUAUUAAGCUACUUUCAAACUGGAAAUAUUUUCAUUAUAUCUGUAUAGUCUUUCCUGGUGUUGCACGUGUAUUUUUUUAUUGACUACUUUUUUUCUCAUUCUGGUCUUUAUGAUGCUGAUGUCUUUCAAGUAGCUGCUCCCCUUUGCAAAAAUCAAGAACGGAGAGUUUCGAUUUUAUUUGAAAAAUUAUGACACAAUUAAAUCAAUUUGCUUCCAUGUUAAUUAAAAGUUUUAUAAAGCAUUAGUAGUGUUUACUAUCUUCUUUAUCUUAUAGUGGUGCCAUGUGCUACAUCUUAGUACCAAGUAGUGAAGAGGCUAGUAAGUGCUCAAGUGGGAAGGUUAUUUCUACAGUUAGUUCUUUAAUUGGUUAAUUAUUUCAAGUUGAAUUAACUGAUAUAGAAUCCAACACUGUUAAAUUCAUCUGACCUGAUUGAUUUUACAAUACAAACACAAGCAAGACUGACAUUGAUGCCGUUGAUGCAGAACAUAGUGAGCAGUGGGGCAUAUCUUCUUCAUUAGGUGCAUCAAAAUUACAUGACACAUACGACAUUGCUAAGAUACACUUCACUGAAUGGAAAUAUACUAAGUUAUUUUUGUCUGCCUGACCACUUAAUGUCAUGUGUGCAUGUUAUGCUGUGGUCCAAAUUAUGCUUUUACUCAUACCGUAAAUAUUGAUUAAGUACAGUGAGUAGCAUUCUGUAAUAUAAUUGAUUGUAUUUGAACGGUUACAUAUUAUUACAUAGAUCCCUUUAUUAGUAUAUAACAGAAAUCUAAGAAGGGUAAAAAGGUCUUUCUUUCUUUUUUGGGACUCACAACCUGAGAUGUCCAUUCGUGCUGUGGGGAUGUGUUUUUAUUAACUUACUCACCGGUUCUAAAUAAUCAGAACAGUUCCAAAGUGCUAGAGAGACAUGAAGUCACAAUACAGGAACAAAAGCUGGACCAAAAGUUAAGCAGUAAUCUCUUUUAUAUCUCGGAUCCUAAAAAAAAAAAAAA